UUUUUUUUUUCUUUAACUACGCGUUUAAACUAUAAAUGUUAGAUCCUAAAGAUUUUGAAGUUUCUCAACCACCUAGCGACGGUAUUUCUGACUUAGAUUUCUCUUCACAAGCUGAUUUUUUAGCCGUUUCUUCAUGGGAUAAUCAAGUUCGUAUUUAUGAAGUUCAACCUUCUGGCGCUACUAUUCCUAAAGCAGCAUUUUCUCAUGAAGCUCCUUCAUUAUGUGUUAGUUGGAGUAAAGAUGGUACAAAAGUAGUUUCAGGUGGUGCUGAUAAAGCAGGUCGAAUGUUUGAUAUUGCUACAGGACAGACAACACAAAUCGCUCAACAUGACGACACGAUUAAAUGCAUCAAGUUCUUAGAACAAAGUAACGUUGUAGCUACUGGCAGUUGGGAUAAGACACUCAAGUAUUGGGAUCUCAGAAGUCCUACUCCUGUGGGUACUGUUCAACUACCUGAACGUUGUUAUGCUAUGGAUGCAAAUGGGCCUUUAAUGGUGGUUGGAACUGCAGAAAAACAUGUCUGUAUAUUUGAUUUAAAUAAUCCUACUGUUAUAUUCAAGCAAUUGGCAUCGCCUUUGAAGUGGCAAACUCGUGUUGUUUCAUGCUUUUCUGACAGUAAAGGCUUUGCUAUUGGUUCAAUUGAAGGAAGAGUUGGUAUUCAAUAUGUAGAGGAUAAGGAUGCAUCUAAAAAUUUCUCUUUCAAAUGUCAUCGUGAUGACGCUAAAAAUGUAUAUGCAGUCAACGACAUCAGUUUUCAUCCUGUUCAUGGUACAUUUUCUACAUGUGGCGCAGAUGGUACUGUUAGUUUUUGGGAUAAGGAUUCUAAGCAGCGUUUGAAACCAUUUCCCAAGAGUAAUGGACAAAUUGCCUGUACAGCUUUCAAUAGAAAUGGUAGUAUCUUUGCUUAUGCUGUUAGUUAUGAUUGGUCAAAGGGCUAUAAACAAGCAUUACCAUCAAAUACAAAUAAGAUUUAUUUACAUGCUGUUAGAGAUGAAGAGAUUAAGCCUCGCACACCAAAGAAGCGUUAAUAUUUGCUCUUUUUUUUAUAUAUAAAUAUCCAUCAACACAUACACACACACUCACGCACGCACUAACAUAUAAGCAAUACAACUAUAUAUAUUAAGGGUCAAAUAAAAUGUAUGAUCGUCAUUAGUUAUAUUCAAUAAAAUAAAUAAAUAAAAUAAAGUUAUUACAUAGUAAAAUGCAGAAAAA